UUCUUAUCUGGACGGAGUUAUCAAAAGCAGCCAAUCAGGAACUGGAACAUUCUGACUCAUAAAAUUGAAAUAAAACCAGUCCCCUGUUGUCAGGUCUUAUCUUAGGUUCUGUUUGGUUACGUAAUCCCGAAAUGAAUUUCACCGGUAAAGUUGUCCUAAUAACAGGAGCCAGCAGCGGAAUUGGAGCUGCUACUGCAGUCAAACUGUCACAUUUGGGGGCCAGUUUAGCCCUAACGGGUCGUAAAGUAGACAAUUUGACAAAUGUCGCCAAGGAAUGCACAUCUGGUUCAGUUCCACCGUUUAUUGUUCCUGGUGAUAUCACCCAAGAGGCUGAUACAGAAAGAAUUCUAAAAGCGACUAUUGAAAAAUUUGGCCGACUGGAUGUGUUGGUGAACAACGCAGGAAUCUUAGAAACGGGAACAAUUGAAACUACCAGUUUGGAGCAAUAUGAUCGUGUAAUGAAUACUAAUAUUCGAUCCAUCUACCAUCUGACGAUGCUGGCAGUGCCACAUCUGAUUAAAACACAGGGGAAUAUUGUCAACGUUUCGAGUGUGAACGGAAUUCGAUCGUUUCCCGGUGUAUUGGCUUACAAUAUCUCGAAAACGGCAGUCGAUCAGCUUACGCGGUGUGUGGCUCUCGAGCUGGCAGCUAAGAAUGUUCGUGUUAACUGUGUUAAUCCUGGUGUAACGGUAACAAAUCUUCAUAAACGUGGGGGUAUGGAUGAGGAUACAUAUAAAAAGUUUUUGGAACACUCAAAGAAUACUCAUGCCAUGGGCAGAGCAGGACAAGCUAACGAAGUUGCGGAUGCUAUCGUCUUUCUGGCCAGCGAAUCAUCUUCAUUCAUUACUGGAGCCAGCCUGCCAGUGGAUGGGGGACGUCAUGCGAUGUGCCCCAGAUAAUAAUGAUUACUAAUGAUCUAAACAGAAAACCUGGUAACUGUAAAUAUUCUAAACGGUCGUUUUCACAACUUUUUAGAUACAUUUCAUUGUUAUAAAUAUGAAGAUUAUAAAAGUGUAUCACAA